AUGGAAUAGUACAUCUUCUGUUAUCACUUGUUUCUAAUCAAUAUUUUGAUUAUCAUAAUUAAUGAAAUUUGCAAGAAUAAGAUUUAAGAUAUACUCAAUUCCAUAUUAAAAAUCCUAUUCCCAAUUAUAAUCAUAUCGAAAAUUUUUUUGAGGCAUUUAUUUCUGAAUAUAGGAAUUUUAGAAUAAAAGUACCUAUUGGAUGUAUAACUGAUAAAUGCUCAAAAAAAUAAAAGGAGAGAAUUGAUUUAAAUGUUUUUGUGGAGCAGGGGGAUAUUUAGAGAAUCUAUGAAUUUGUUUAAACUUUAACUCCAGAAUGAAGCAAUAAUGAACAAAAGGAUUAAACGAUUAAGAGUUUUCAGAAUUUUAUAAUUCGGAGCAUUUUUAUAGUUGGCAGAUGAAUAAUAUUAAGCUAUGUAGCCUUAAAUAAAAGCAGAUGAUGACAUCUCCUUUUUUAAGAGUAACUCAACUAUUUAUUUUUUGGGGGUUGAUUUGUUUUAUUACAUGAAAGAUAAAGAUAAUUUUAAAAAAUGCUCUGUGGAGAUUUUGGGUCUUUUUGGUAAUAUUGUAGCUUAACCAGAUAAAUAUGAUUAUGAAUUAUUGUAUGGGAUCCCUUGAUACCUUUAUUCUUUGUUAUUGCUGCAUAAGAAAUAUUCAAAUGAAUAAGAACCAUUUAAAUUAGAAUUGACUUCUUAAAUUGAUAAUCUUUGUAAGAUAAUAUAUUAGUUUACAGGGAAUGGUCUUUUGAAAUACAAUUUUCAUAAUAGAGAAUAUUUUGGAGCAGCUCAUGGAAUAUUGGGAGUCAUUUAAAUGUUACUAUUGAGUUUUAUGAGUAAUGCAAAGAAUAUUUUCAUUUAAAAGAUGAAUAAGAAUUACUUAAAAUGUUAGAAUCCAUUUAAAUAACAUUAAACUAUCUAAUUAAAAUUUAUUAUCAAAACUGUAAUAUUCUGGUGUCAGCUUAAAAUUAAAAAAAUGUAAAAUUAUAUCAGUUUGUUAUGGGAUACAAGGAGCUAUUGCUCCAAUUUUAAAAGCUUAUAAGAUAUUUAAUAAAUAAGACUAUUAUAUACAGCAAUACACAUGAUAGAAUAACUUUACAAGUUGGAAUAAUUAAGAAAGAUUAUGGGUUAUGGCAUAGAAUUCAAAGAAACAGUUAUGGGUUUAUGUAAUUAUAUAGGAUAACUGGAAAUUAGAAUUUGAGACGAUAUGCUUAUUAAUUUUUGUAAUAUAUAAAGAAUCCUUAUAUUUUUAAUGAAAUAAAGAAUUUCCCAUUUAAUGACCGAUAUAUUAUUGGAAUUUCUGAUAAUCCCUUCAGUUUGAUGCUACGAAAUAUUCGAGAUAUGUGUGCAAUGAUGGAUUUCAUUAAUUAUAAACGAAUGCCAGGAUAUGAAAUUUGA